AUGCAGAAAGGGAGGAAGAUCUCAGUCGUGAAUGCUUACGUAGCAGAAAGGGAUAUGGAUUCGCCAGCGCCGAACCAGCCUCUGUUCAGACUUCGGCGACAGUCUCCCAAGUCACCAGAGCCGUGCCAGCCUCUGUUCAGACACCAGCACCGGCCUCUCAAGCUUCCAGCGCCGAGUCUAUCUUUGCUUAGACUUCAGCGCAAGUUUUCCAAGUCGGCAUGGCGGGUCUAUCCCUGCCCAGACCAGGCUUUUACAAUUGCUACGACGGCGCCGAGUCAGUCUUCUACAAUUGCUGCAACGUCGCCGCAGCAGUCUCCUACAGUUGCUCUGACAGCUAGUCCAGCUUCAUUUGUCAACCCUUCAGCUUUGCAGUUUCUCAACCUUCCUCCUGCUACUGCCGAGUCUGUUGCGCCAUGCUCUAGUUUGUAUACUUAUCCAUCUCCACCAAAACCAAUGCACACAUACGAUUCCCCAUGCUUCCAAUCUGCUACCGAGUAUUAUCUGGCUUGCUGUUACCCAAGCUGCACACCUACAAUCGAGCUUCAACUCUUACAUGACACUUCUGGGUCUAUCCUUGAUGAAGCUCAAGCUGCCGUGCAACAAGUAGACGAACUUCCAGGCUCGGCGUCUGGUAGUUGCUCACCAACCUGCUUGAUCGCACAAGAUCAGAAUCUCGUUAUGAAACCAUACAAAACAUCUGCUUUGGAUACUUUCUCUUCCAAGUACGAGUUGAAGUCAGACUACGCUAAAGGAUGA